AGUCAGUCCAUCUCUCAAUUAGCCGAACAAAACCGUGUUUCUGCAAGCCAUCUACGAACAUUUGGGUCUGUUUUAGGUCAAAAUUUUUCUGACGUGACGUAUGGUGUGGGUGAACUCCUCGGUCAAUGGUCCAAUAUCCUUAUGGAGUGGGCUCAUACCAUGGAUCUUUAUCGCGACACUCUCAAAACAAUCCAACGUAAAGAAGCCGCUCUCCAACCUGCCCGUGAUCAAAAACGCAAACUCAUGGACCAGAUCGAUCGUAUGCAAACCUCUCUUUCCUCUUCCUCUAGAGAAAAACAAGCCCAUCUGCAGGAACAAUUGAGCCGUCUGCAGUCGUUUACCCAACCCGAUGAAGAUGAACUCGUGGCAUUCAGAACCAUGGCGACAAAGGAAGCGCUUUAUUUGCUCUUGAACGGAAUGCAUGCCAUGGCCCGUAAAACAGACAUCGUGUCUGUCUUUGGAAAAUACAUUGUUGACGAGCUCAAAGAUGGCUGCUCUACUGCUGCUGCUGCUGCUGCUGCUGCAAAUCAAGAACAAUAUCCCAAAAGGAAAACAAAACGUAUUGUAGAGGAUGCUUUGAACGCCAUCGACGUUUGGACACCAGAUCAAUCCAACUUGAGAAGAACCUUGACUUCUCAUCAUCAAGGCCGUAAUCCCCUACUCGCUGCUGUGGAUAAACAAUUACCAGCUAUCCCUACCUCCUCUUCUGAGAACGAUACCGUCAUCGAAAACACGACUCCCGAUGAUAUACCACUACAACCUUCCUCUUCGUCUUCCUCUACAUCCUCUUCUUCUGCCUCCACCAAUACGGCUACUGCUGCUGAUGCUGCUCAUGCUGAAAACACCUGUCCUCCUACCGAUGCCUAUCCUCUCUUCACUUCUACCUUUACCAACCAUCACCCUCCACAACAACAACAACUCUAUCAAUUUUAUCAACACUAUUUACCUCCUCGUUCCUACGAAGAUUUCAUUCAAAACAACAACAGUCCUGCUGUUUUUCACCACCAACUUCAUGAUGUAGGUGGCUUUGUCUUGCCUUUUACAAAUCCUAAUUUU